AUGGCUCCACCGUACUCCUCAGACGAUAGCCAUUCACCGGUAAACUCAACAGUGAUCGCCAUUGAUAAAGAGAAGCAUAGCCAUUACGCCGUUCGUUGGGCGGUCGACCAUCUAGCCAACACCAUUCACAACCCACUCAUCAUUCUUCUUCAUGUUCGUCUCAAAAGUUCAAAUUAUGGAGGGAAUGGAGCCAAUGAUGAUCUAAACCAGCUUUUCAUUCCAUAUCGAGGAUAUUGUGCACGCAAAGGGAUUUCCAUGUCGGAGGCUGUUGUAGACGAUUCGGACGUGGCGAAAGCAAUCUUGGAGUAUAUUAAUGGCAACCUGGUUAACAAUCUUGUGUUGGGAGCAGCCUCCAAGAACACAUACACAUUUGCUAGGUCUCUUAUGUUUAGUAAACACCACGACGUGCAAGGUGCCAUAAUGAAAUCGAUACCUGAUUUUUGUUCGGUCUACGUAAUAUGCAAAGGAAAAAUUCAGUCUUCCCGACCAGCUCAAAGACCUAUCACCAACACGCUUGCCCCUCCUCGUGUCCCCUCGUCUGGCUUUCUGAUCCAGUCUUUGUCGGAUAGCGAGCAAGAUCCUGUGCCUGCCGGCCAACGUAGUGCAAGGAGAAAACCCACAGAGAUGUAUCCACACAAUCGUGCCUUCAAUACCACGCAAGAAAGGCCCAAAACCCCUAUAAAUGGGUCGAUGGAUUUCAACAAUGCCUUUACCCAAGUUGCGUUCCAAAGGAACCCCACUAUACAAAGUUCGUUUUCUGAUGAAUCUGAAGGUGGUAUGAGGGGCUCCGUUGAUAUCUCCUCUCAUAAUUCAGAUUUCUAUGGGGCAUCAAGUUCUUCAGAUGAGUCAAAUGCUCAAACAACUAAAGAUAUUGAAGCUGAAAUGAGGAGGCUGAAGCUUGAACUAAAGCAAACUAUGGAUAUGUAUAGCUCAGCCUGUAAAGAAGCACUUACAGCAAAAAGAAAGGCCAACGAGCUAAAUCAGUGGAAAAUAGAAGAAGCUCUUAAAUUCGAGAAAGCCAAGCUAUCUGAAGAAGCAGCAUUGGCAGUGGCAGAAAUGGAGAAGGCAAAGUGUAGAACGGCCUUAGAGGCAGCUGAGAAAGCUCAGAGAAUGGCAGAGCUAGAAGGACAAAGAAGAAAGCAAGCAGAGAUAAAAGCAAGAAAUGAAUCAGAGGACAAAGACCGUGCAAUGAAUGCUUUAGCACAUAACGAUGUUCGUUACAGAAGAUAUUCCAUAGAAGAGAUCGAAGAAGCCACAGAGAACUUUGCAAAUCAUAGAAAAAUUGGAGAAGGAGGUUAUGGACCAGUGUACAAAGGCGAACUUGACCACACUCCUGUUGCCAUUAAAGUCUUGAGACCUGAUGCUGCUCAAGGAAAAAAACAAUUUCAACAAGAGGUUGAAGUUCUAAGUAGCAUAAGGCAUCCUCACAUGGUCCUCCUCCUAGGUGCAUGUCCAGAAUAUGGAUGCUUGGUUUACGAGUUAAUGGAAAACGGGAGCUUAGAGGACAUACUCGUCCGCAGAGGAAACUCUAAACCGCUUUCUUGGAGGAAACGUUUCGAAAUAGCGGCAGAGAUUGCUACCGCCUUAUCAUUCCUCCAUCAAGCUAAACCAGAACCUUUGGUUCACCGCGACCUCAAACCAGCCAACAUACUCUUAGACAAAAACUACGUGAGCAAGAUCAGCGACGUUGGUUUAGCAAGGUUAGUCCCUGCAUCAGUAGCUGAUAACGUCACGCAAUACCACAUGACAUCUGCAGCAGGGACAUUCUGUUACAUAGACCCUGAGUAUCAACAAACAGGAAUGUUAACCACAAAGUCAGAUAUAUACUCGUUGGGGAUAAUGCUGCUUCAGAUCAUAACCGCAAGGCCUCCCAUGGGGCUGGCUCACCAUGUCUCGAGGGCAAUCAGUAGAGGAACUUUGAAGGAUAUGCUUGAUCCGACCGUGCCAGAUUGGCCUCUACAAGAGGCUCAAGCUUUUGCAGCUAUGUCGUUGAGAUGCGCGGAGCUCAGAAAAAAAGAUAGACCGGAUCUUGGGAAGGAUGUAGUCCCACUUCUUAUUCGGUUAAAGAACUUAGGUAAUGAUGCUGGUCUAACUCGUGCUGACGAGAGCUAA